UCGAUUGAAUCGUGAUUAAACAACGGAAAUGAUUAUACAUAUCGGUUACGACCAAGUUUUAACAAAUACAUAACGAGCUUUUUAACAAGCUUGAUAAUGAAAUAAACGAAACGAGGAUAGAAUAUUUUCUAUUUGCUUAUCUAUACAUAUAACUAUAGUUAUGUUAUGGUAUAUAUAAAUACGUGCACUUGUGCGUUUUAUAUCAUAGUACCUGUUUCGGUUGCAUCUAGUAAGGAUUAAAUAAUCAAGCUUGUCGUUUAUCGUGGAAAGAUGUAUUGCCUUAAAUAUAAUAAAAUAGUAAUUAUCUUAAUUGUCGUAACCACGAGUCUCGGUAUCAAUUCGACCAGUCUAAUCGAAAUCGAUUUUGAGCAAAAAAUCAUUCCACCAAUACCGAAAUUUCAAGGGACAUUCGCAGAAACUCACGAGCACGAAACUAUCGCUAAUCGCAUAAAAUCGUGGAAAAAAACGGACAAGCAGAAUAUUUGGGAGCUAAGCGGUUUGUACGAAGGAGACAUAAUGACCACGGAGGAAGAUGAAAUAAAGAAUGGUCUGAUAAAAACCGCGUUCCGUUGGCCAGGCGGUGUUGUACCCUAUUACAUAAAGGAAGAAGAUUUUGACGAAGAAGACAUAGAGGUGAUCAAAGAUGCUAUAGAAGAUUACCAUCAGAACACGUGCAUACGUUUUCGUCCUUACAAAAAAUCUGACAAUGAUUAUAUCACUAUAGAAGCGAAAUCGUCGGGAUGCUGGUCCCUGGUAGGUAGACACGAUCACGGGCAAGUGGUGAAUUUGCAGAAUCCGGGAUGCGUGCAACAUGGUGUAAUUAUACACGAGCUGAUGCACGCAUUGGGUUUUUAUCAUCAACAAAGUGCCGCGAAUCGUGACGAAUGGGUGACGAUCAAUUGGGAAAAUAUAAAGCCAGGAAGAGAACACAAUUUUAACAAAUAUGACAAUCGCACCGUAACAGAUUAUGGAAUCGGUUACGAUUACGAUAGCAUAAUGCACUACAGCUCUUACGCCUUUUCAAAAAAUGGCGAACCGACCAUCACACCGAAAAAGAAAAACGUGAAACUUGGCCAACGAAAAGAACUCAGUGAGAAAGACACGUUGAAAUUACGAGAAAUGUACAAGGAAGAAUGUGGCAAACGAGAGAUGAAUGGAACUGCGGAUAACAAUUCGAUGGAUGAUAUAUCUAUUGAGUGGAUACUUAGUAAGAAAUUGUAAUUGAAUUUUAAUAGAAUUUAAAAAAAAAAGUUCGACUUCUUUGUUAAAUAAUAAAAAUAACAACAAAAUAUUGUUUAGUUUGGUAAAAAAAAAAGUUAAUAUUCAUAUGUUUUGUUGUCAGAUACAAAAAAUGAAAUGUUAAAAUGUUUGAAGAAAAAAAGAAAAUGCAUCAAGUA